CUGCAAAACUCACAGCGCCGUCCAUGAGCUCUGCUGAAAUAAAGACACACAAAAGAGAGAAAUCAGUCACUACAGACAGACUGCUACAUUAAAGACGAAUCAACCUGAGUAAAUCAUCAGAGACGAAUCAAAAGCUCACUUCUUCCUUGUUUUCUCGACGCCCUUGUUAUUUGCUUUCAGUUUAGUGUAAGCGCAAUGCCAACCAGGAAAUACCUGAACACCUUGCUCACUGCUAGCCCUGGCCUUUCAGCAUUUGCAUUGAGCUGUCAAAAGAAACUGAAACUAUUUCUAAAUCAAUAACUGUAGAUAUGUAUAUGGUAGCUAUUUUCUCCCAGUUUGCAAAAUAAAAAAAAAAAAAAAAGGAAAACAAAGUUGGACACGGUUAUAUAUUGGUGGAGAAGUUGUACCAACGUUACCAUAAUGUUUUAAACUGAACUAAUUACUGUACCACACUCAAUAGGCUGUAUGCCAUAGCUUUAUUUUUAGGUUUUAUAGGCUAUUUAUGUUCACUUAUGUUCAUUAUAUGUUUUUAUUUUUAUAUUGUAUAACACCUGCACCAGGAGGCAUCAACAGCAUGAAUCCACGGACCCAACCUGCACUGUGUCAACAGGCACAUAUUGCGCCCCUUCAUACCAAAUAAGCAUUGUUUGAAUGCCACAGCCGAUGUGAGUAUUGUUGCAGACCAUGUGCGUCUGUUUAUGGCCACAAUUUACCCAUAUUAAAAUCCGCACUUCCAGUAUGAUAAUCCACCAUGUCACAAAGCACAUGUCGUUUCAAACUGGUUCCAGGAAAAUGACAGUAAGUUCAGUGUACUUCAAUGGCUUGCCCAUUCACCAGAUCUGAAUCCAAGAAAGCACCUUUGGAAUGUGGUAGAACGGGAGAUGUGCAGACAAAUCUGCAGCAACGUGGACCAGAAUCUCAAAGGAAUUUUUCCAAAACCCUUUGGAAUCCAUGCCACAAAAAAUUGAGGCUGUUCAGAGAGCAAAGGGGGUCCUACCCAUUAUCAGUAUUGUGUUCCUAAUAAAGUGGACACUGAGUAUACAUAACAAUAAAUCCCCCUUAAUUCAAUAGCGUAAAAUCUAUAUCCAAGUUAACUGGAUCACCUUUAGUCUAAGUGUAGGAGAGUUCAGUGAGCAGAGUAGACUGUGACUUAUGCAACACCAUCUGAGCACAAAGGCAGCGGGGUGCCACCAGGGCUAGUGGGGUGAAAGGUGAUGACAGUUCUAGGGGCCCACAGCCUAUGCGGGGCCCAAAAAAUUCCAAUUGUCCAUAGGCCCCUUGCUAUGACAAAAUUGUUGUAUGCAUAAUAAGCUAACAUACUAUUUGAAGCAGAAGUUAAGCAAAACCAAAAUCAUGCAAUAUUAAUAGAAUACAUUUCAAUUUCCCAACCAAUAUCCCCCAUCUAAAAAAAUGGUUCAGUCCACUGUUCAUGCAAUUGAAUGCGAUGAGCUAAUGUGAGCUGCCAUAUGACAAGAAAAUGUCUGUCCAAACAAACAAACAGAUAAAUAGACAAACUAAUUAAUUAAUUAAGUAAGUAAGUAAGUAAUAAAGGUUUCAAAAACAAAAGGGAAAAAGGAGAGAGUGGCAAGGAGUAUCGAAGGGGCCCAGAGGAUAUCCACUUUGUUUAGGAAGGUAGGUGUGUUUUAACUGAAAUGGCUAGUAGAUAGUGCUGUGCAUUCACUGUACAUGCUUCUGGUGUUUAGCAAAGGCCAUUAAAUAAUAAAUUACAUUAGCUAGCUCGUUUUAGCUACUGAGUAUGAAAUUAAAUGUUACUACAUUUAAAAAAAUAUUAUAAAGAGCAGUAAACAGUAAUAAAUGAAACAGUCAAUAUUUGGUGUGAUGAUCCUUCACAAAAAAAAUAGUAGUCUCAGUACAAUUUGUGCAGUUUUAUAAGGAAAUGAGCUGUAAGUGUUACUGAGCAUCUUGCAGAAGCAGCCACAGUUCUUCUGGAGACUUUGACUGUCAUACUUGCUUCUUAUUUUUGCAGCAAAACCCAGCAGCCUCCAUUAUGUUUUGUUGUCUGAAAAGCGGUCUCUUAUGUAAUAUGCUGCUUUCUUUACUGACAUACAAGGACGAAAGCAAUGGAUGUCCUAUAUAUAUAUAUACUGGAUGUCCUUUCUUGGACCACUUUUGGUAGGUACUAACCACUGCAUACCGGAACACUCCACAAGACAUGCCGUUUUGGAGAUGCUCUGACACAGUCAUCUAGCUGUCACAAUUUGGCCCUUGUCAAAGUCACUAAGCUCCUUAUGCUUGGCCAUUCUUCCUGCUUCCAACACAUCAACUGAAUGUGAACUGACUGUUCACUUGUUGCCUAAUAUAUCCCACCCCUUGACAGGUGCCAUUGUAACGAGAUCAUCAAUGUCAUUCACGUCACCUAUCAGUGGUUUUAAUGUUAUAGCUGAUAUAUAUGUUAGAAAUAAAAAUAAAAAAGAAAUAAAAAUGUAACUGAGUGACAAUAAAGUGAAAAUGUUAAAAAAAAUGUAAAUUUAAACUAACUAAAAUGAAGUGUACACUCUAGUCUUUGAGGGGGCCCAGAAUUCCUAGCUACGGCCCUAGGUGCCAGGUUGUUUCACCCUACUCAGUGUCAAAACCGUCCAUUUGACCAAAAAUAAUCUGUAGCUGCAUUAUAAACCUACUCUAUCCUGCAGCCAAAUUCUAUUUCUUUAGCAAUAGUGUAACAGAUUGCUCUUCUCGUGGAAGUAGGUGGUUCAAUCUGGCAACCUGUGUGCGAGAAAGCAGCUACAGUGCAUCGUUUGACAGCAGAAGAAUUGUGCCAUUGUUAACAGGAGGAAAAUCCCCAUCUUCUGUGUGCUUACAGGACAUUUUCACUGAGACUGUCUUGCAUCUGCUUAUUAAUUGCUGUUAUAAAUGCUGAAAAUUAACCUCGACUGCCAUGUCUACCGUCCCUUAUCAGCCCAACACGUGUGUCCCAUUUUUCCAUUUUGCUUUCGUCCUUCUCUAAUCUAGCAUGUUAGCCUGGGAUGCAAAUAACCAAGAAACGUCCUGCAGCCAAUUAUUUGCAUGUACACAAAUCAUGAAGGCUUGAACAGGGCCACCAGGAGGGAGGUAUAAAUGUAUGGGCGCGCUCACCUGGCCCUCUAUGAGCAUGUCUGCAUAAGGCUUUUAAAUGGCUCACUGUAUCACUACUGCUGGACUAGAAAAGCAAAGUGACCUCCUGCAAACACAUUGUCGCCCGUAAGCCACAAGUCAUGAUGGAGACAGCAGAGUAUUCUAAGAGAGUGUACCAAGGCGUGAGGGUCAAGCACACAGUCAAAGACCUGCUAGCUGAGAAACGAUCAAGGCAAACGAAUGUACCACGAUUCAACGCUGCAGCCAGUUCCUCCCAGCCCGCUUUUGUACAAAUGCCAGGUGCUCACAUGCUUCCUGGAUACUACAGCAUGCGGAGGCCUUUCCUGCCCGAUUCCGAGCUGUGCCACCCAAUGAAGCAGUACUCUUCAGACUCAUAUUCUUCUGCCCUGGGCAGCAAGGCCUUCUCUUAUGAGCACUCGUCCAGCUACCCCUCUUUCAUCGACAGCUACUACCAGCCAGAUUCAUUUGGAGAUUACAGAAGUGCAACUGCUUACACAGCUGGCGGAGGGUCACUGUUUUCCCCAUCUGCACUGUCUACACUGCUGCCUUCUCUGUCCGGCGAGACAUCAUCGCAUCUGCUCCUGAGAGAUCCAUGGGAGCAGCCUUCAGAAGAUCACGUCAGUCAGCCCGAGGUUCUUUGCCCUGAAGGCACAGCCCCGGUGGCAGAUUCCCCGUCUCUGGGUGCUGAUUCGGGCAGCUCUUCUCCGUAUCGGCUUUCGACAAGCCGCAGCAGUGGAUCUGUCCCCUCCAGCUCCCAGCCUUACACUCUGCAUACACUGGAAGACGUCCAUUACCCGGCAGCCAGCUACAGCUCAGCCUCCAGCUACUCCUGCCCUCCAUACAUGACUAAUCCGGGCGAUCUGACCGUGGUGAAGAUGGCGUCAGUGACUUCAGAUGAGGCUGGCGGUGGUGUAGCGUCUCUCAGUGACACCACUGCUCAAGGAUGGGCCAAGGAUGAUGGAACCAACUCGUGGAUGUCCUAUGAGACAAGGAGAGCCUUUUAAAAGGCUCUGAAGCACUUAAAUGGAUGUAGAACUGAACUGAUGAAGAAGUUAGAACCUGAAAUAUGGCACCCAAAAACUGGUGGAUUUUCAGCGAAGUUCGCAAUAAGCAUAAAAGCCUAUAUUAAUGAGGUCCAUAGCUGUGAAACAGCUACUUUUUUUUUGUAGAUGUUAGGAAUUUUAUUUCAAGAUGACCUCAAAUGAAUACAGGUUCCUGUUGGAUUCAUUGACAGUUAUUAUGAAUAGCUCUAGCAAAUAACUUGUGGGAGGAUUUAGUAAUCAACAAUCUUUCAUUACUCUUUGUCUUUUAAGAAUGAUUGGUACUGACAUAUUAAACAUGCGUCAGACCAGACAUAUGCACCAAUAUGAAGGUUAUAGCCAUCACAGGUGAUAUUUUCUAAUAUAUGCUCAUACUGACAUUUUAGAUUCAUUACAUUUUAGCAUUUUAUAGAUGAUAAUAGAUCAAAUUAAACAGGUUCAACCACUGCAAAACUACACUCUCACCAUAAACUGCAUUUUCUCCUUCCUUGGACAGAUGCAAACAUGCCUGUCCAUCUGAAACUUGGGUUAAUUAUUAUAUAAUUAUUUUUAUAUUAUUACUGUUAAUACAUAUUUGUCACACAACAAUAGUAAACUGGUGUUGUGAUGGUAAAGAAAAAUUAUCUGCAUGUGUUCUAGUACUGUUGUGCAUCCCAGCAUUACAAGGGACUUCAUAGGACAGGUCACAGGUAGUUAAAGUAGUAGAAACAUUGAUAGGUUUUGCAGUUCAUAUUGUUUGUCUUAUGUUCUUGUGUCAAGAAAACUAUCCGAGGAAAAUAAAAGACUUUUUGUUUAGUCACAAAUGAUGCAUGUGAUUUUUAGACACUUGUUUUCUCAGCACCAGACAUAUUUGCAUGUUCUGUGUCCGGGUCACACAAUCAGUAACAUGUUUUAAUAUGCCAUCUUUUUUUAUAUAGUGCAUUGUUUGUUGUCUUUUUUAUAUAGUGCAUAUGUUUUAGACCAGUGGUUCUCAAAGUGGGGUCCAGGGCCCUCAGGAGCUUGAUUUUUUAUUUAUUUAUUUUUUUUUUUUUUUCAUUACAGUAGUCGAAAUAACUACCACUGUUAUUAAAGUUAUUAUAUUUUUAUUGAAUCUUUAUCAUUAUUAGCCUGUUUGCCAGGACACUUGAUUUGAAUGAGUUUAAUCCCAAACCUCAAUAACUCAAAAACAAGCCGGCCUUAUAUGAGCCAGACAAAUAACCAGAAUGUUAUUGUACAUAUUUUUUUAAAAAAAUUGCCUUGAUGUUUAAAUAGUUGGAUGUUUAUAAAAUAAUUUAAAAAUGACUUCACAGUUAAAAGGU